AUAUAUUUAAUGCAUAACAGAAACAAAACAAGUAAAGGAUAAUCUUAACCUUUAAUAUAAUUGAGUAUUGAUUUAGGAAAUCAUAAAUGUGAUCGAAUUGCUCUUUAUAGAGACACAGAUCCAUAUCUAGAGGCUAAAUAAUUUGUUUAAAGAAAUCAUCUUCCAUAAUAGAUGGUUUAAGUUCUAUCUAAUAGUAUUAUUAAACAAAUGAAAGCCUACGAUGAAAUUAUGAUGAUAACGUAUGUAAUUUAAUCAAUAAUUAAAGGACACUCAAACAGAAACUAACUAUUUGCGAAAUUUAAAAUCUAAUCAUGAUGAAUUAUAAGCUAAACAAAGAACUCCAAGUCCUAAAAGAUUUUAACCUAGUCCUAAGUAAAUGCAUAAAUAAAAUCUGUCUAAAAGUCCAUCUAAUAUCUCUUUGCAUGAUGAAUUACCUACUGAUAAAGUUGUUGUGAAGAAACUAUUCUAAAUUUUAGAUUCUGAUUAGGAUGGAUUAAUAUCUGCCAAUAAAGUUAAUUAUAAUAAAAUACCAAUCUAGUUAAGAAACAGAGUACAUUUUUUUAAAUCAUUUAGAUCACUGUUCAUCUGGAAUAAUCAUUAAUUCCAUAUGAAUUUGAAGAAUUAUAUGAAAAAUUAAAAAGGGAUUCAUAAGAAGAAUAUUUCAUUACUUUGAAAUUGAUAAGCUAAAUUUUAGAUAUUCCAAAAGUUAAAGUACUAAUAUGA